AUGAAAAGAUCUAUUGGAGCGUCUGGCUAUGACGGGCGCCUUGACUUUACCCGUAAAACUGCUGAUGUCGGUGUUACGUGUCAGGAACAUCCAUGCGUGAAUGUUUAUGUACCUAUAGAGUUAUAUCAGUGCCAUGUCCAGCAGUAUCAUGAUAACCGUUGUGUUCAGUGUGGCAAGAACCUUGUGACGGAAAACUUUCUGCGCCUACACCUUGAAGAGAUGCAUAAUCCUUUCAAUAGCGGCGAUGGGAUCCGAUAUCGCUGCUUCGAAGAGCAAUGCGAUGAAGCAUUCUAUUCUCACCAAGAGAGAGUCAGCCAUGCAGUAAAAUCCCACCAGUAUCCUGAGAGUUUUGAUUUUGACAUAGUGCAAAAUGGGCAACUUUUCAGUUGA